CUGCUGCUCUCCCUCCGUCUCCGACUCCCCUCCUCAAACUCCGCGUGAGAGCAACACGCGAAGGCAGGGGCUCAUCUCUCGCGAGGAACGACGCCGUUAUCGGAAUCUCUACAAACAACACGAGAAUUCAUCAUUCACACGCAAACAAUGUCUGAACCAGGGUUGGAUGAUAUAGUACAGAUAACAGUGGAGGACUUUCACCAAGAAGACCGUACAGACAUGCUGGACAAUCAUGAAGAUGAUGAAGAAAGACCUCAGAAGAAAAAGAGGAAAUUAAGCACCAGUCAGGAAAAUAACAACAAUAACCAAGAUAUAUCUUUUAUAAAGAACCUGUUGGUUUCAUUCACUGCAUCGAUUACCCAACGACUGGAGGGGAUUGAAUCAAAGUUACAGGCUCUGGAUGCUACAUGCAAAGCCCUUGGACGCAAACUGGACAGCAUGGUGCCAUGUGCAAAGAGCCCUAUCCAGGUUCCUAUGGUUGCAGGGUCUCCUCAGGGGGCCACUCAGACUUGGAACAAAGUGCGAUGUGUUGUUCCACAAACAAAUGUGAUAGUGAGCAGUGAAACCCCAAAGGGUUCUGGCCAAGAAGACACUCCUCUGGAGAACCUGCUCAGCAACACGGUGACCAGGAGGCGGCAGAACACAAUCCUUGUAAAGGUGCCGGGCCCUGAGGAGAGUCAGGAGGAACGAGAGAGCGGCUCAGAGGCCAGUGACUCUGUUUCUAAUGGUGGCCAUUCCAGCAGUGCACAAAAUGGCCAAAAUGUCACUCUCAUCACACUUAACUCAGAAGAUGAUUACCCAACAGGCACCUGGUUGGGAGAUGAAAACAACCCAGAGAUGCGAGUUCGAUGCCCAGUUUCUCCAGCUGAUAUGCUCCAUAUCACCACAAACUGCCGCACAGCAGAGAAAAUGGCACUGACGCUGUUGGACUACCUGUUUCAUCGGGAGAUACAGGCCAUGUCGAACCUCUCUGGUCAGGGCAAACACUGCAAGAAGCAGCUGGACCCGCUCAUGAUAUAUGGCAUUCGUUGCCACUUGUUCCACAAAUUUGGCAUCUCUGAGUCGGACUGGUACCGCAUCAAGCAAAGCAUCGACUCCAAGUGUCGCACCGCCUGGAGACGCAAGCAGCGUGGUCAGAGUCUGGCUGUCAAGAGCUUCUCCAAACGCACCCCUCGCAAUUCAGGAGGAGAGGCAGGCAUGGCAGAAGAAGCAGCCCACAUAGAGACUGCCACCCAGCAGACCUUGCACUAUACACUGGCCAAUCAGCAGGUCCAGUUUCACCGUAUUGGCGAAGAUGGACAAGUCCAGGUGAUCCCACAGGGUCAGUUGCACAUUGCCCAGGUGCCACAAGGAGAGGAGGUGCAGAUCACACAGGACAGUGAGGGAAAUCUCCAGAUCCACCAAGUGCAUGUUGGUCAGGAUGGACAGGUGCUCCGUGGGGCUCAGCUCAUUGCGGUGGCGUCAGCUGAUGGCGGCGCCACAGCAGUGGAGGGCUCCCCCCUCCCCCCUGACAUCCAAGUGCAGUACGUCCAGCUAGCGCCCGUCGCAGAUCACACAGCUGCCGUACAGGCUGCUGAGCUAACCCCGGCGCUGCAGACAGACAUGGAGGUGAAAGAGGCCAUUCAGGGUGCCAUCCACGGGGAGAACGGCGAGGUGGUCCAGAUCGUCACCUCCGUGGCCACCUGAGAGUCUCGCAUACAACUGUGCUGUGCAGCGUGGCCCGAGGAGACUCACUGGAACAGAAUGCUAACAGUCUGACAAGCAGUCGAGUCUGAAAAAGCCUUUAUGACAAUAAACUGAAGGUCACUGAUGAAAUACAGGGAAGCCGCAUUUUUCAGUUUUUGUGUUUUCCCCUGCAACUUGCUUACUUCAUUGCCAACCAGAUGUCGCAAUGUGGAAAUGUUCACAGAGAACUUGAAAGAGACUAUGAUACUCCAAAAUCAACUGUGGUCGUUCUGGUGUUUUCAUCACCAGAAGGACCUGGCCCGCCGCAGAACACACAGGGAUUAGUGUCUGUCCAGGGAGGAUGCUGCUUAUGCAGACCAUCAUCCUGCCACUUCAUCAGCACUCACGCUUGUUUACAUCGACUUUGGAAAAUAGUGGAGCUUUCUGGGGUCAAGACACUUGGCUAACCUUUAAAAACCCCAUGAGGGUUUGUCGACGUUCAAACAAUCCGUUCUGCGGUCCCUUUCUCGUCAUUUCUAGUCACAGUGGACUGCAGUGGAAAGUAGAUUUAGCUGAGGACAGCUACUCUUGGUUCUGAUUAAUUUGGUUUCCUGUCACUCUUCGUGAUUCGGUCCAUACAUGUCUCCCGGCUCUGAGCCUCGUCUUCAUUUUCUUCCCUCAGCUUGUUUUCAUAUUGCUUUAGCCGCACAGCUUUGUUUAUUCGUUCGAUUGAUCUAAUUGUGACAUGCCGAAUUCUUUUGACGAGCUUUAAUUUUGGAGGUAGAAGACCAUGAAAUAGAAGAGAUGGUGCCAGUGGUAGACAGUACAAGUGGCUUGUAGAAUACCAAGGAAACCUUGAAGUUGUUUGUUUCCCUCCGUGUCGUUCUCUGUGAAUGAUACAUUCAUGUGAAUAAAACAUAUUUGUGGUUGUCAUAAAA